AUGGAAACACAGAUAGAAGAGAUUCAGACUGUACGUUCACUGAGAAUUCCCAGAAGCUCUUCAACAAGAAGAGACUCAGAAAUCUUUGACAAUUUGCAAUACACGAGCCUGAAGGACAUCAUCUGUAACACACCAUCAAGUUAUAUGACCUUGUAUGAGGGAAAUGACUUUGACUCCACCAUUGCUAUCAGAAACGAGUUGGUCAAGCGUGCAGCUUCGGUUUACCUUCAAUCUGCAGCAUUGCUGGUGACCAGAAACCAAAACUGCUUUGUGUCUUUCUGGGAAAGGGUCAGGAACAAGACUGCUUCCUAUUCACGAUGGAGGGUUUCUGCUGUAAACUCUUUCAGGGAUUGUCUUAGGCCAAUUUGCCAGUUUCUCAAUCACAUGGUGGGGAGUAUUCGUUCAUUGUCGUGA